AUGUGUCAAUUAACAAUGAGUAAUUCGGCAUUAAUGCGCGAAAAUCAAAGGUAUCAAAUCCGAUUUAAGCAGCUAAGGAUGCUUCUGGAAGAUCAUAUUGAUCAUUUAAACAACAUAUAUUUCACUUUAUUUUUAAAUGGAUUCAAUGCUAUUCAAUUUCCUGAUGGUCAAACGGUCAAUUUAGCAGAAUUUCAAGGCACAAAAUUGAAGUUAAUCCCGCGUGCAAAUAUGUUAUCAGCUGAUGUUUUAUCAACAGCAACUGAUGAAGAUCUUUUUACUUUUCCUCAUCACAACAAUAAUGGUAGUUUCACUGAUAUUUCUGGUAUCAAGACAUUUAGUGAGGAUAUGGGAGCAAAGCAAAAUACGAGCAGUCCGUUAAAUGAUAGCGAUCAAACUUCCAGAAGUAUCUCAACUGGUAAAGAUGAUGAUAUCGAGGGUUAUCUGCAAUGGAUGAAUGGACAAGCUACAAUCUGGUAA